AUGAAGUCCUCACCAUCAACUUCCUCAUUCUUUCUCUGCUUUGUCCUUGUUCUUCUUUCUUCAUCAGCAGCAGCUAAAAUCCACGAAGACUUCCAUGACUGCCUCUCCCAUUCCUCCAUUACCGAACACCUCUACACCACUCCAAACAACCCCUCCUAUUCAACACUACUAAAUUCCUCUGCCAUGAACUUCCGCUUCUCUUCUCCUUCCUCGCCAAAACCAUCAAUCAUCGUCACACCAUUCACUGUCUCCCAAAUCAGAGCCACCCUCGAGUGUUCCAAGAAACAUGGCUUGCAGAUCCGAACCCGAAGCGGCGGCCACGACUCCGACGGCCUCUCCUACAUAUCCGACGUGCCUUUUCUCGUACUGGAUCUGAGAAACCUUCGCAGGGUCACAGUCAACGUCGCAGCAAAAACUGCCUGGGUCGAAGCAGGAGCUACCAUAGGCGAAGUCUAUUACAACAUCGCCAAGAAAAGUUCAGUUCUAGGGUUUCCUGCUGGACUUUGCUACACUGUGGGCGUUGGUGGACACUUCAGCGGUGGAGGCUAUGGAGUUUUGAUGAGAAAAUAUGGCCUUGCUGCUGAUAACAUCAUCGAUGUACGUAUACUCCUAGCAAAUGGAAAACUAGUUGAUCGAAAAUCUAUGGGAGUUGAUCUUUUCUGGGCUUUAAGAGGUGGUGGAGCAGCAAGCUUUGGAAUUGUUCUUGCUUGGAAGAUCAACUUGGUCGAUAUCCCAUCUGUAUUAACCAUAGCCAAUGUUCAGAUGAACUACGAGAAAGAUUCAACCAAGAAGCUCGUGCACCAGUGGCAAAACAUAGCCAAUAAACUCGAUAAAGAUUUGUUGCUCUACAUUCUUUUUCAAACUACUAUGAUCAACUCAUCAUCAUUACAAGCUCAAGCUACCUUUUCCGUUGUGUACCUUGGUAGAAUCGACAAGCUUAUUCCCUUGGUUAAAAAGAGCUUUCCUCAGUUGGGUUUGGAGAAAAAAGAUUGUACAGAAAUGAGUUGGAUUCAGUACAUUCUCCAACGUAAUGGGUUUUCUACAAACUCUUCUAUCGAUGUUCUUCUGAAUAGGACACAACCGGUGAUGUUUUCAUUCAAAGCCAAAGCUGAUUAUGUCAAGAAGCCAGUUCCAGAAGAUGUGUUGGAUGAGUUAGCAAAGAGUUUGUACCAGCAAGACCUGGGAACGGCAUUGCUUCAGCUGUUUCCCUAUGGAGGGAGAAUGGAGGAGAUUGGGGAAUCGGAAACUCCAUUCGCUCAUCGAGCUGGGAACCUUUACGAGCUCACUUAUCUUGCUCGGUGGGUGGAGAAGGGGAAUGAUUCUGAGACCGAGGCUCAUUUGAAAUGGGCAAGGAGUUCUUAUAGCUAUAUGGCUCCAUAUGUGUCUAAGAAUCCAAGAGAAGCUUAUGUCAAUUAUAGGGACCUUGACAUUGGAAGAAACCAUUAUAAUGGCUCAACUAGUUAUGAACGAGCAAGCAUUUGGGGUUCCAAAUAUUACAAGAAGGAUAAUUUCAAGAGAUUGGUUUAUGUCAAAACUAGGGUUGAUCCUACUAAUUUCUUCAGGAAUCAACAAAGUAUUCCACCUUAUUCUUCAUGA